AUGAGUGCAGAUACGAAUGGAAAACAAUUUUUCUUAUUUGUUUUAGUUGAGCCAGUUAAAUCACGCCUGAGUAGGAAGAUGGAAGACGGCAGUUGUGAUGGAGGAGUGUGGUUGAUGAGAGGAGAGAGAAGGCAUCCAGGUGGACCGAGUAGUAUUAUUUCCACUUGGUCGUUCAGAGGCACGUUGUAUGAGGGCCUGAAGAAGAAUCAAACUCUGACAGACGCAGUAACUGGCUCGUACAUCACCCUCAAAAAUGAUCCAUUGAUACUAACAUCGCUGACCACCAUACCGCAUGGUAUGAAGGUUUCACUACAAUUAAUUUCAUCUGCCGAUCAAUAA